AUGGAGCCGUCGACCAAGAAAGACCCUUCUGCGGGGGAAAGAGAGGCUGGGGGAAAAGCCACACUGACUCUAACCUUCGCCCUCCGCAACGGGAGAAAAGCUGGCAUUUCUAGGGCGGCCAAAGUGUUCGAGGUACAUCUCUUAACACAUUGAUAAGGAGCUUGAGAGUUUUAUUCGUCCCCAUUUUUAGCCUGCCCUGUUAAGCUGAGAUUGGCUCAAAGUCAGGCGGUGGCCUUCAUAGCUGAGUGGGGAUUUGCACCCUUGCCUCUUUUCAUCCUACAAGACACUGAUUUCUUUCUUUCUUUUAAAAAAGGGCUUUAUAUACAGGUUCGUAAGGCUUCUUUUGAUAUUGAUUUCCUUUUUUGCAAUAGAAAGCAAUGAAAAUGUUUUUAAGAUCUUAGCAAUGGAAAAAUAAUAAAUAAAUGUCUGUAGGGGGCAGCGUAUUAGUUUUCAGUGAUUAUCACCAACAUAAUUCAUUUUUUUAUGAGUAAACUCCCAGCACGUUUGCCCAAAACUGCAUCAAAUGUUAAUUUGGAGCAGGGUGAUGAAGAGAUGAUGUGGAGAUAAUUAACAACAUGCCCUACCAAUGAUUGUGGUAGAGGAAUAUUUGCAUAUGAGCCUCAAUAACAUAAGAAGAUUCCUGCUGGAUCAGUCCAGGGAGGACCACGGAGGAUCUUUUCCAGUACCCACACAGUGGCCAGCCAGGUACCAAUGGGAAGCCCACUAACAGGAGCCAAGAGCUACAGCCCUCGGCCCACUGGUGGUUCCCUGCAACUGGUACUCUGAGGCUUACUGCCUCUGACAGUGGGUGCAGAACAUGACCAUUAGGGCUAGUGGCCAAACUUUUAAUGGUGCUUUUGUUAGAGCUGCAAUUCUAUGUGCACUUAAAUGGGCACCAAUCUUACUCAAAUACAAUGCGAUUUAACUUCCCAAGUAGAGAUGUGUAAGUUUGUGUAACACAGUUUCCAGUUAAACAAAAGGUUUGGUUCCAGAUUGCUCACGGCAGUCAGUUGAACUGCGAAGGAGGGGAAGUCGAAUUCGUAUUUUAUUACUUUUAUUUGCUUGCUACUUUUGUUGAUUUGCUUGUUACUUUUGUGAACAACCCUGUGCAUUGCAAUUGCACACACACACACACACACACACACACAAUACGUGCUUAUGUGGGACUGCCUUCUACAGGUGUUCGAUACUAAAAUCUAUCACCUUGAAAGCAGACCAGCUAAAGUAUCUAGAAACACUGCAGAUGACCUUGAAUUUUUCGUGAGAUGUGAAGUUUCUAACUGCGAGGUCAGCAGCCUCACUAAUUCCUUAAAGAGGGUGGCGGAGGAUGUGAAAGCCAACCAAGAAGAAAGAGGUAAGCAAUCUGUUGGGCUUCUGCCUCACUUUUCCAUAUAGACACAUAAACUUUUUUUUUAAUCAGUAGUGCCAUAUUCAUAAGGGUUUAUUAAGCUGUAAUACCAAAAAUAACCAAGCCUGUUUUAUGAUUGCUGAAGACUUGGAUAUGGGAAUCCUUCACCCCUCCAGGAGUGAUCAUCCCUGGCCAGCAUAUCUGGGGUGUUCCACAGAUGUAUCUGGGGUGUUCCAUCUAAAUUAUAUGAGCUGGAGCGACUCCAGCUCUUGUUCAACCCUCACAUGAUGUAGGUAUCUUUGCACCACAGUGCUGGAUAAGCUUAAGACGGCCCUGCAUGCACUCACAAUCUGUGGUUUACUCCCUCGGCUGCAGCACCGUGGUUCCCAAAGAAAAUACGAGACCUUGACAACUGCCAUCAUCUGAUCACCAAAUUUGACCCUGAUCUGGAUCAUGACCAUCCGGUGAGUUAUUUAGACCUGGUGGUAACUGAGUGCUGCCCAGUUCAUAAACGCUAUGAUUUGCAGAUCUAACUGGACAGUUGCUAACUUCAUUUGCCCUUUUCCGCAAAGCCUUUCUUUAUUAUCUCACCCAUUGCUGAAAUGUAGACUGUUAAGUUCCUUCCAGCAAAGGAAUUGCAAUUGUGGAAUUUGCUCCUCUUGGACCUGCCAGGGCUUCUUUUGCUGUGAUUCCUGCGUUGCAGAGGGUUGGUCUAGAUGACUCUUGGGGUCCCUUCCAACUUGACAGUUCUAUGGAUUGGCAUUGGCACCCCUCAGUGUUGACAUUUGGGUACCAGUUGAAGAUGCACUUGGGGAAUAAAAAGGAGUGGGUACUCUGUGGUUACUGUAGAUGUGAUAUUGUAUUAUGGAAACAGAAUGACUUAGGUAUAUGUAUAUAUACACACACAUUUUUAAUCAUUGAUUUAAUCAUUGAUUCCCCCCCUCCCAGAUACAUUAUACCUUACCCUGAGCUACUUUGAGAGGAAGGGCGACUCAAUUAUUACUAUAAAGCACCCUGUACACUGAUGGUGCUGUCUGCAUGUAUUAAUUAAUCAGGAAUAAGAAUAUAGCAAAAACUUGAAAUUGAAACCAAUUUGAUUGCUCAAUCCUUUGGGCAUUUUCAGCUUCUCUUACCACCAGGAACCAUGAUGAUUAUUCACCAUGUCUCCAUUAAACUCCAUUUUGCAAGGAUGCUCGAGAGCCACCACCCUAAAUUUUAAAUCAGAAUUUUUGCACUACAGGUUUGCAUUUCAAAAUUCACUUCCUCCUCCUCCUCAAGCUUAAUUAUAUGCUGUGUGUUCCAAAGCACUUGCCAGAACUGUAAAUAAAUGGUCAGCAUAUAAAUACAACAUGAACAGAGUCCUAAACAUAAAUAAAAUAUCAAACACAUUUCAGAAAUAUUUUUAUAUCUGCGUUAGCAAGCUAACAAAAAUACAAUUAAAAAUGUCCUUCAAAACAUGUGAAAAAAUAUUGUAGGUGCCUUAGCAGUCUUUCAGUGCAAUCCUAUAAUAUUAGUUGGAGGAAAGUCCCAAAAUGUUCACUGGAGCUUAUUCCCUGGUUGGUGUGUUUGACUGCAAUCUUUGUAGCUGGGGUUUGUCAGAGCCUUGCUAGAUCCUUGCCCUCCUAGGCCAGGUAAAUUGAAUUUAGACAGGCUCUCAUUAUCAGAACUACAUUCAUAUGCUAAGAAUUUGGAUCUCAUUAUAUUAUAUUUUUUGGCUAUUCUACUUACUGCAGUGAAGUGUUGUCUCUUAAUCCCUUUUUAGGGCUACACCGAUGCAGAAUACAGGAAGCGAAGGGCUUUUAUUGCUGACCUGGCCUUCAAUUUCAGACAGUAAGUGCACAAUAAAACAAAACAAAAGCAAUAACCAUUCUCUCAUUUUUCUUCACCGCUCACACAUUCAUGCAGUUGUAGUAUAGUUUUCUGCAGACUUCUGUAGCCUCCUCUGUUGGAAAACAGGAAGACAAGGGAGAACUUCUAAAAGAUAGUGAAUGUCUGUAGUUAUUUUUAGGAAUAUUUUGGCUUAUAUUAAUAAUAAUAAUAACAUAUAUUAAAAUUAUGUGGGGCACGGCUUACCUAGCCCCACCAAUAUUUUAUUCAAGUUGGUAGCUCUGUCCUUGAUCUACAAACAAUAGGCCUCAGGGACACUGUCUAGAAGAUCCUUGGUAUCUCCUAUAUCUGUAGCACAUAAGGGACUUCUAAUCACAUGUGCUCUUUUACAGGGGUGACCCAUUGCCAAGAGUUGAGUACACAGCCCAGGAAACAGCUACAUGGUAAGUGCCUGGUGUCACAAUGGGCCCACAAAAACUGUAGAACAUGUGGGGGGAGGUGAGAAUGUAAAAUGGCUUCUUCCCACCUUUCCAUUCUUUGGCAUGGAAAAUAAUAGUGGUACCUUGAAACAUAUGCAACACGGCACAUCUGAUUCCAACAUCGGAAGCAGAGGCCCCUCUCAAGGCGUCCCAUCAAAGAGAGAUUCAUACAAGGGAGAGGGCCUUUUGAGUGGUGGCCCCUUUUUAUAGAAUGCCUAUCCCAGUGAGGACGCCUGCUUGAUUCUAAGGACAUGCCUCUUAUUCCAAGGUUUUGAGGGAAUAUGAUGAUCCUGCUUAUUGCCAUUUCUCGGUGGAGGGUGCUAUUGUGGUAAGUCAUCAAAGGAGCCAACUCCUAGGGGCUGUGGGGGCUUCAACCCCCACAAUAAAAUAUUAGAGGGGGCCAGGCCUCUGUAAAGUUGAUGGGCAUUCCCAUUUAAAUGAUGUGUGUGCAAUGCAACAUCUGAUUGAUUAUGCAGGGUGGGGCUUACCUGGGCAUCCCACAAUAGUUUAUUCAAAUUGGCACCCCUGUAAGUCAUCUAGAGACAUUUUGUAUUAUUUUUAUUGUUGUUUAGUCGUUUAGUCGUGUCCGACUCUUCAUGGCCCCAUGGACCAGAGCACGCCAGGCACUCCUGUCUUCCGCUGCCUCCCGCAGUUUGGUCAAACUCAUGUUGGUACCUUCAAGAACAUUGUCCAACCAUCUCAUCCUCUGUCAUCCCCUUUAGGUGACAAAUAAAUAAGACAUUGGUUGUGCAAUGUACACAUCUAAUGUAAAACCAACCAGUGGGAUUUACAAAGUGCAUUAAGCAGCUGUAGACUGUUGACGCAGUUAGGUGGCUGGUGGCCAAAAUGCAAAACAAGUUUACAGUCUGUGCCUGGGUCCAGUAUGGAGAAGAGAUGGGUAUACUGACCCUCACCCCAUAUUCCAACUCAAACCACAAAUUAUUAUUCCAGAUUCCGGGACAUCACACUCUUUGGCCAGCUCAGUAGCUCAACAAAGUGGCUGAUUUCCCCCCUCCCCAAACAAUUCAAAAGGUCUCUGUUCUAGCUACGCACUUCAACGGGACAACUUUCAUACAGUGGAGCCAUCAGAGCAGGUCUUUAGGGUGGAAGCCAGGCACAACAGAAUGAGCAGCAGGGCCGAGUCAUCCACACUUGCUUUUCUGCACAGGUCUGGAAUUUCUAGGUCCACAUCGGGGUUUUUUGUUUUUUGUUUUUGCUUUGUCCUGCUGCCUUCCCUGGGAAAACUCAUUUUUUAUUGCUGAAUCAGAGCAAAUGACAAUCCACAGAAAACCCGAUUGCUGCUUGCUUCGAUUCAGCAGUAAAACACAGUUUUCCCCAGGGAAAGCAGCAGCAGAAAUAACCCCAGGUCACACCCGGAUCCAGAAAUCCCUGACCUGUGCCUAAAGACACAGCACAAAAGGAUAAGCCCUCAGUCUAGAGCUGAUGGCAGUCAAUAUAAUGCCCUCCAGAUAUAAUGCCCUCCUGCCCAGUUCCCAGUACAAUGCCCAUCAUCCCUAACCAUUGCCAUGCUAGCUGGAGCUGAUGAGAGCUGUAGUCUAAAGAUCUGGAGGACACCAAAGCACCACGAAGGCACCACAGUUAGUCUGGAGUCUAAAUGCACUACUCUCGGGAUCACUUGCAUGAGGCCACCAACAUGGAUGGCUUUGAAAGAGGUUUAGAGAAAUUCAAGACCACUAGCCAUGACAGGAUGCCUCCAGGGACCACUGAUGAUGUGUCAAAAUCAGAAAUCAUUCUGAUUUCCUCACAGGGAGGAUUAGAUGAUGUUGGGUUACCCUACACCCUGCAGGGCCUUUCCUCACUUUUGCCUCUGGCCCUGCGCACCACUGGCAUGGUUGCCCACAAGCGAAUGCAGUUCUUGAAUUGAAACAGAUUAUUCACCCCUGCUUUUGAUAAGAAGAAAUAGGACAGAAUAAUGGACCAAAUAUCUUGCUGAAUUCAACCAUGCUUCAUAGGAAGCACAAGUUUGGUUUCUUGCUCUCCUGAACUUUUCCUGACUGAUUGUGGAAGUGGUCUAAAGCUCAUAAAGCUUCUUUGGGGUUUUUAAAAAACAGUACUAACAAUAGCCACCACUGGAAGCUGAUGUCUUUUGUUUCUCAUUCUUUAACAUAAACUUCACUCUAGUCUUGAUAUUUAUUGAAAAUAGGGACAACCAUUAUGUGAUGCUGAAUCUCACCCUUCAUAGCAACACUUGAGCAACUGAGAGAGGGAGGGAGGGAGGGAGGGAAAGAGAGAGAGAGAGAGAGAGAGAGAGAGAGAGAGAGAGAGAGAUACAAUACAAACAGGAAAAGGUUAUUGGCUUAGUCAGCAUUUCCAAGAAUGACCUCAAUUUUCAUAAAACAAUGUUUACAAAUGUGUGAGAGCCCCAGAGCUGAAUAAAAACCUACUUCCAUAAGGCUCCAUGCCAUUGCAUGAUUAUUACAUGCUCUCUUUCCAACAACUAAACAUGUUUCUUCCCUUUAAAGACAGUUACUUUAAUCAUCUCUGACUGCUGGCCCUGCUCGCUGGGGCUGAUAGAGUUGGAGUCCAACAAUAUCUGGAGUGCAACAGGUUCCUCAUGUCUGCUUUACAUGGCAAAACAUUUUCCAUGUACAUACAGUCAUACCUCAAGUUGAAUGCGCUUUGGGUUGAGCGUGUUCGAGUUGCACUCUGUGGCAACCCGGAAGUAACGGAGCGCGUUACUUCUGGGUUUCGCCACUUGUGCAUGCGCAGACACUCAAAAUGACGUCACGCGCAUGCGCAGUAGCGGCGAAACGCGACCCGCGCACGUGCAGAUGCGCCGUCGCAUCUUGCGUUGCAUUCAGGAUGCAAAUGGGGCUCCGGAACAGAUCCCGUUUGCAUCCCAAGGUACCACUGUAUUGGUGUUCACUGUGGUGAACACCAUGAAAUACCAGUAGCAGAUGUCCAUGUGGUGCCCUCAUGGAUCCAGGAGGGCAAUCAAGAUGAUCAAGGGUCUGGAAACCAAGCCAUAUGAGGAAUGGUUGAGGGAGCUGGGUAUGUUUAGUCUGGAAAAGAGGAGAAUGAAAGGAGAUAUGAUAGCCAUCUUCAAAUAUCUUAAGGGCUGUCACGUGGAAGAUGGAGUAAUCUUGUUUUCUCCUGCUCUGCAGGGUAAGACCCAAACCAAUGGCUUCAAAUUACAAGAAAGGAGAUUCCAACUACACGUUAGUAAGAACUUUUUGACAGUAAGAGCUGUACAAAAGUAGAAUGGACUCCCUCAGGAGAUUGUUGACUCUCCUUCCUUGGAGGUUUUUAGGCAGAGGUUGGAUGGCCAUCUGUCCUGGAUGCUUUAGUUGAGAUUCCUGCAUUCAGGGGGCAAGCACAUUGCCUUGCCUCCGGAGCUGAGGGGGUCCAGGGCCACACGAUGUCACCACACCAUGUGUAAAUGCCCCACAACAUGUGCACAUGAUGUCAACAUGCCCCACAGCCCUGUCGCUGUUAUGAGAAAAGUGUGUCUUAUGUGUGUGGUGUAUCAUUUAAAAUAUGCUGUUUGCAAAGAGGUCCGUUGUAAGCUAACACCGCUAUUGUUUUCAGGAGAGAAGUCUACCAGAAGCUAAGCAGUCUUUAUCCCACUCAUGCCUGCCACCAAUAUUUGGAGGCCUUUCAUCAGCUGGAAAAAUACUGCGGGUAUCAAGCAGAUCAUAUCCCUCAGCUGCAGGAUGUCUCUGCUUUUCUAACAGGUAAGGAGGUAUGGCACUAGGACUGCUGCCAAGUAAGGGUGUUCUUAUGGGUGGCAGAAGUGAAGUCUGGAAAUGGGGGGUUUGUAAUGGGGCACACCCAACAAUCGUUCAGAAUUGGCUCAAGCCCAUUUCAGAGCCAAAUCCAAAACUGAGGUGGGAAUGAGUUGACCUGUCCCAUCCUCCACCUCCUAAAAUAUGGCAACUAGUUUCCAUGCAUCACCUUAAAAGUCCAUUCACCCCCUUUUUGGGCAGGCGGCUUUGUGGGUGGGCCCCAGGCCUUCCUGGCAAACUGACCUAUCACAGGCCGGAUUGUAUUCCUGCUGCCAAAUGGCCCAAUGGUGGCAGGAGUUAGUGGGUGUUCCCUUGGGCACAGGACCAACCGACCAAUUGCAGCCCUUGGUGUUGUGCCCAGGGAAAGUUUAAAUGCCUGGCCAGCAUGGCCUUGUGGUCUUUCUCUUGCUGGGCCAGUUCUCCCACCCUCCGUCCCUCAGAUUAGGGUUUUUCAUGGAUGGUUCAACCUCGAUAUGGACAAUGUUGGUCACCUAAUUUUCCAGGGGCCAGGCAGGAAUUUCCCCCACUUGGCUAAUUGGCACCGCCAUUUGGGUUUUCGCCUACCUCAUAGCAAUCAUCGCAACUUUGUAUGGAGGAUAGGCAUUGGGUAAGCAUAGUCUUGGUUGGAGGGGAGGUUGUAGCCUCCGUUUGCCCCUCCACGCAUAAGGGUAUGCUGUUAAAGGGAUCCGGAAGGAGUGGCUCCUGCUCAGUUCCCAGAUGGAGGCUAGGGCCAUACCACUCCUCCAACAGGGACCGCUUGGGGGACACCCCAAUUUGACGUAGGUCAUAGGGCAUCCCUCCCCCCAGCUUCACCCUUAGAAACACUCCCAGAGGAUGAGCGGGAGUGACAUGUGCAGUUGCUUACCACAGUGCCUAUGGCCAAACCUCACAUGUGUAACCAAUAAAGUUGUGGCCUUAUUUGAUCCCAAACCAAUAUGCUGCGUGGUGUCUAGUUAUUUAUACCUUAGGGAACAGGGUGGUCACGGGGCCUCGAUACACAAUAUGGCAACUGGUUUUUGUACUACCUUGGUACAAAACUGAAGGAUGGCUUUCCAAGUCAUUAAAGAGAGAGAGAGAGAGAAUAUUGUGUUUCUGGAAUGCAUCUAUCCAGAUACUAGACAUGAUUUUAUUCCAAGGAACGAAAACCUAUAGCCCAAAAGGGGAAACAAUUUUAUGUAGCUGUAUUUGGAGGCUAAGAGUAGAAAUUUGUUCCUGUAAGUUCCUUUAGGGCAACUGGUCAUGAAUUUCCUUUCAACUCUCUUUGGGUUUCCAGGAGAUGUUAAGCAUUCAGUCCAAGUGAGCCCCCUGCCCACCUCCCCUAUUCUUUAUUGCAGCCCAACUUUUAUUGGAGAGCCAUAAAUCACAAAUAAAAGUUUUUACAAGUUACUCUUCUUACUAAAUCCUUCUCCCUUCCUCUACCCCAGCUCAUCAACUCUUGAGCUAUCCAUGUUUAAGAACGUGACUGUGUGUCGUGUGUGUGUUGUUGUAGUUACAAUUUUAUAUUACACAAUUUUGCAAGUUGCUUGCGAAGAAUUAUUAACCUGAGAAGGUUACAGAAUCUUUUAAAUAAUUUUUAUUAACCGACCAAUCAAAUCAAAUCAAAUCACAUCACAUCACAUAAAUUCCGAAUUACAAAGCCGAAUUUUAAAUUUUGUUGAGGGGACCCAUAUUUCAAGAUCCGAAGGGGGAUUCUGAUCAUCUUCUUGCUACUGCGUUAAUGUCAGAAUCAGUCCAAACAAAGUUCAUAAUUCUAUCCAAUCUUAUCUUGCUGUUUCCGCAUCUCAUCUUGUUCAUAUAUUUUCUCUUUUUUCUUUAUGAUCUCUUCUGAUAAUCUCCUUAAGCCAAUAAACACCAAUAAUAAUCCUGUGUGAAUUUUCUGUUCAUCCAAUCCUCAAAUCGAGAUGGUUUCCAUAUAUCAUCGCAUUCAUAGAUAACAUCGCUCUUUCCACCAUUAAUCACAGAACUGUCGUUCUUUUUUUUUCAUAUAAUAUUUAUUAUUUUUCCAAAAACUUAAACACUAAAAAGACAAUACAACACAUCAAAUAAACAAAACAAAACAAAAACAAUAAAAUAAAUCAAACAAUUUCAUUAUCCCAUCUUUCAUUCACUUAUUUCCACAACCUCCUCACACCUCCUUUUUGUAUUCCACUUCUAUUAAUUAUUUCAGCAAUUCCUUUCCAUCUUCCUCUGUUUUCUAUCCUAUAAUUAUCUUAACUCAUUCUAACCUUAUUUUUCCUUUAAUGCUCUGUUAACCUAUCUGUACUUAAUUCCUUAUAACAUUUCUACUAAAGCCAUAUAAGUUCAUUCCAACAUUUUUCUAACAUUCAUUAAUUUUACAGUACAGUGGUACCUCGCAAGACGAAUGCCUCGCAAGACGAAAAACUCGCAAGACGAAAGAGUUUUUCGUUUUUUGAGUUGCUUCACAAGACGAAUUUCCCUAUGGGCUUGCUUCGCAAGUUGAAAAACGAAAAAAACGAAAACGUCUUGCAAGUUUGUUUCCUUUUUCUUAAAACCGUUAAUACCCAGGGUGACUUCGAGGAGCAACUCAUAGCACGCGGUGUGGUAGCGUUUUUUGAGGAAUUUGAAGACUUUGGUGAUUUUGAAGACUUUGGGAAACCGUGCUUCGCAAGAUGAAAAAACUCGCAGAACGAAUUAAUUUUGUCUUGCGAGGCACCACUGUAUUUCUGUAGAUAGUCUUUAAAUUUUUUCCGACUUCCGGGUCAGCGCCAUUGGUGAAUGGCGGAGUUCCUCUGACCGGAGGAACGGGCUCCGUGGAAACUGGGUCUUCCCGCCGCGGCGAAGGUGGGGACCUGCUAGAAAUCCCAGGCGGAGGAAGCCUGGGAACGUGGGGCUCGGCAGGGCACCAGAAGCGCCCCCCUACUCGCGGGGAAUCCCAUCUAGGGGCUCUGGAGCGAAGUGGGGUGAGAAGCGCGGUGCUACGAACUGACUGCUACUUUCACGGAGUGAAGCCGCACAGCCAUUGCCAGAGAGCGCUGACUUUUUCCUGUGGACAAUUGGACUUAAAAACAAGUACCCGUGAGUAGAAACAGAAAAUUGGAUCAAGAAAUUGUUUUAAUUUGGUAUCGAAGCGGGAAGGUGCAAACAGGAAGUCCGCCUUCCGCUUUUUUGUAUAUAGACUAAAGCAAAAAUUUUGCAAGCUAAAGCCGGGAAGCUGUCAAAAAAGGACUAAAUUUCCUUCAUUUAGAAUCACUGAAACCCCCCUUGGAAGCAGGAGAAAAGGGGGGGGGGACUCUGUUUAACCCCAGCAGGAGAGGGAGUGAAGAAGGAUAAGUUUCCACCAUCUCUAACCUGGGAACGGGGUGUCAGAGACAGAAACUGUUGGAGAGGUUCAUUGACUGCGAACGUAACACUUUGACAGACAGCUAAUGAAGAGAAACAAGUCGAUUCUAAUGUUGCCUUUUGCAUUUUAAAGAAACAAAAUAUCUGAAAAACGUCUGAAAUAUCUGAAAAAUGAAAGUAACUUUCCUUUGUCUUUAAAAAAAAAUGGAUACAAGUAGAUUGUCUCCUCUAGAGGGAGCUUGUUAAAUUGUUGUUGCAGCAUAUUUGAGACCCAACAUCUGUGAGAUUAAGACUGUGGGAACAGUCUUUUCUGACCUUGAACAAAGAUGAGCUGGGAAAAAGACUGGCUGCUUGCUCUAUGCAAGACAAAUGCUUUGCUGGAACAGAUGCAUGAAAAGAUGGACUUGAUGAAUGAGAAAAUGGAUUUGACUGUUGUGGUUAAUAACAUUGAUACAGAAAUCAUCCAAGAACCAACCUAUCAACCUGUACUAACUGGGCAAGUGCAGUUGACAAUGGAGGAGGAUGCGGCUGCACCUCAAAUAGUACAAAUGGAGAGACCCGAGGCCCUACAGGAGCAUAAGCCGUUGCUAUUGAAGAUUGAAGUUGGAGUGGGCCAAGGGAAGUCUGGAGAUGAGGAGGUUCCUAGCUUUGGAGAGAUCUUGAAAUUUGAUUUUAAAUUCAUUUUGGAUUAUAUCGAGGACUGUGGGGAGUGGGACUGUGGGGAACGGGUGAGCUGGAUGAAGGGUGAUGGAGACAAUUUUGGGUUGGAAUCCCCCAGAGACCUACUCCUCAAUGAGAAAGGAAAGAAACUAAGACAGAGACCAACAAGAGACAAGGAAAAGGGCAAGCACAAACAAGAUGAAGAAGAAUUGCAGAAGGGACAUGGAAGAGAUUUAAGGGCCUCGGACAUAAGGCUUCCAGGUUGAUGGACUAGAUGGAAUGGACAAUAAGGACUGACAUGACCCGAGACCAGGAAGAAGAGACGCUGGAUGAUGAUUGGAAGAGAAUUUAUAAUGGAAAUGUUUUUAUUUUAGAAUCAGCUAAUGAAUAUUAGGGAAAAUGUGGGAAUGAAACUAUACGACUCUAGCAGAAAUGAUAUCAGGAGCUAUGUAUAUUUGAAAUUUAAGAUUUAAGUCUUAAGGCACUUAGGGGUAAGAUAAGGUUAAAUAAAUUAAGGUAAUCUGAAUAAUAGAAUAUGGGGAAAGAUGGUAAGGAUUUGUUGAGUUAAUUAUUAGGUUAAAUUGUUAAGAUAAAUUUUAUAACAAAAAUUGAGAAAGAUGGAAAGAAUUUGCUGAAAUAAUUACUAAACUAGAACACAAAAACGGAGGUGUGAGGAGGUCAAUGAAACAAGCAAAUGGAAAUUAUGGAUAUGCAAUUUGGGAUUUGUGUGUUUUUUCUUUUUUUCUUCUUUUUUACUUUUUUUAUUGCUGUAUCGUCGUAUUGGUUUUCAUAUUUUGUGCUUUUCUCUUUUUUAUUGUCUUCUUUUUCUUUUUUUGUAUUGUAGUGUUGUUUUUAUUUUUUAUUUCUCUUGUAAUUUUGAAAUUAUCAAUAAAUAUUAUUUUUUUUAAAAAAAAAAUAAUUUUUUUCCAAUCUUCUUCCACCGACUCUUCUCCCUGGUCUUGGAUUCUGCCAGUCAUUUCCGCCAGUUCCAUAUAGUCCAUCAACUUCAUCUGCCAUUCUUCCCGGGUGGGUAAAUCUUGUGUCUUCCAAUACUUUGCGAUGAGUAUUCUUGCUGCUGUUGUGGCAUACAUAAAAAAAGUUCUAUCCUUCUUUGGCACCAAUUGGCCGGCCAUGCCCAGGAGAAAGGCCUCUGGUUUCUUCAGGAAGGUAUAUUUAAAUACCUUUUCAUUUCAUUAUAAAUCAUCUCCCAGAAUGUCUUAAUCCUUGGGCAUGUCCACCAAAGGUGAAAGAAUGUGCCUUCAGUCUCGUUACAUUUCCAACAUUUAUUUUCGGGCAAAUGGUAAAUUUUUGCAAGCUUGACUGGUGUCAUGUACCACCUAUAAAUCAUUUUCAUUAAGUUUUCUCUUAGGGCAUUACAUGCCGUAAAUUUCAUACCUGUGGUCCAUAACUGUUCCCAGUCAGCCAUCAUUAUGUUAUGUCCAACAUCUUGUGCCCAUUUAAUCAUAGCUGAUUUCACAGUUUCAUCCUGAGUGUUUCAUUUCAACAGCAAGUUAUACAUUUUUGACAAUUUCUUAAUUUUUGUAUCUAGCAAUUCUGUUUCCAAUUUUGAUUUUCCCACCUGGAAACCAACUUUUUUGUCCAAAUUGUAUGCCUCCAUUAUUUGAUAAUAAUGGAGCCAAUCUCGCACUUUAUUUUUCAAUUUUUCAAAGCUCUGCAAUUUUAUUCUGUCUCCAUCUUGAUCCAGAAUUUCCCAAUAUUUCGGCCAUUUGGCCUCCAUAUUGAGUUUUUUCUGUGCCUUCGCUUCCAUUGGUGACAAUAUCCAAUGCUCUCUGCUCUAGUCCUCUAUCUGGUGAUCUUCUGUCCGAUACUCUUGGCUCUUUUCCAAAUCCCUUCUGCAGAUCUUCUUCGUAUUUGUACAGAAACUUCGCUUUAUCCUCUACUGAUCUUAUUUUUAUUUUCCUACCUUUGAAACUGAAAGAUAAACCUUGGGGAAACUCCCACCUAAAGAUAAUUUUAUUCUUUCUCAGCAGGGCAACAAUAUCUCCGUAGUCAGGCCUAAGAUCCAAAAGAUAUUUCGGGACAUCUUUAAAAAUUACCACUCUUGACUGUUGUACUUCUAGGUUCUUCUGGUAGUGCCAACCCAAAAUUCUGUCUCUCUCUUCUUUAGUUCGAAGAGUAAUCAAGCAGUCUCUUAUUGUAUUCUUCUCUUUUUCCCCUCCUCUUCCAAGUCUGAAGGCCCUCACAAUUCUAAACUCUUCUUGUCCCAAGUUCAAGUCCCCAAAGUUAGCAAAUUCCUGUGUAAGAAAGUCUAUCAAACUUUCCUUCUCGAAUUCAGGUAGGCCUCUGAUCCUCAGAUUUGUCUGUUUUUCUUUAAGUUCAAUCAUAGCAAGCGUCAACUUAUGUUCAUCAAGUUGCCUCUGUAGGGCUGGGACUCUCUCUCUCCAGUUGUGUUACUUUACAUUCAACAGUAGCAGCUUUCUCCCUAGCUUCCUCCGCAGUCUGCCGUAUCAGAGUGGAUUCCUGUAUCAAUUUCUGAAUAGUUUCUGUAUUGGUAUUCACCUUUAGUCCCAGAUUGUUUAUGCUUUCCGUAUUUAAGUCGAUUUUAAUAGUUGCAGCAUCCACUUUCUUAUUAAGCUGUUCCAAUGAAUCAUUUAUCUUACCUAAUGCAACCGCUAAUACCUCUUCUGGCAACAUUCCUCUUGAUCUUGGUUGUGCUGAUAUAGACACAGCAGCAGCCGGAGGAGUAGGGUCUGGUAUUGAACUUCUCCUAGGUUGCUGCCUAAUCUUCCCAGACCUUAAUGUUUUUUCAGCAGUUGACAGAUCUGUUUUUUCCUUUCCAUUUGCCAUAACACUUAAAAGAUUCAAGGUCAGUCCCAGAGUCUCACAGUUUUUUAUCUUGCAGCUGGAAAUUCCCCCAGCCCUACUCUUGUAAAACUCUUGUAAAACAACCAGUUUCAAAGGCUUCCACUAGGGGGAAACAGUUUCUAUUUAUUUAUGUUAUUUUGUAUUAAUCAAUAAUGUCCUCUUUUAAACACAGUUCAAACAAUCCAAAGUUAGUUUCAGUUUUCUGUUACUAUUUACUCCUUUUUAGAAACAGCCAGAGUCUGUAGAAACAAUGUAUUUCUCUUACUUAGCUAGCUGUCAGUGAACGUUCUAAACGCUGUCAAUGGACAUUCCAAAAGACGUCAGUCCAACUAGCAGCCUGUUUCCAGGGCCAGAGCGGCAGUAUUCUGACUCUCUUCACUCUCUCCUGCAGGCAUACUCAGUCCACAACUUCCCCCCCCCUCUUCUCCUGCCCCAAGGGGGGGUUAAAUGUUCUUUACCGUUGAAAGUUUAGUCUUUUACAAAGGGCUUUCCAAGGCUUUAGCUUGCAGCCUCAUUGCUUCAGUCUAUUUACAAAAGGGGAAGGCGGACUUCCUGUAUUGAACCUCCCCGCUUCGAUACCAAAUUAUACGUUUAAAAGUCCAAUUCUCCCGUUUCAGCUCUACUCACGGGUAAUUACUUUAGAGUCAAAUUGUCCCACAGGAAAAAGCCAGCGCUCUCCGGCAACAGCUAUGCGGCUUCGCUCCGUGGAAGAAGCAGAUGAUUCGAAGCACCGCGCCACUCACCCCAUGUCGCUCCGGAGCCCCGAAAUCGGGUUUCCCCGCGAGUAGGGGAGGCGCAGAAGGUGCCCGCCGAAUCCCACGUUCACAGGCUUCUCCCGCCUGUGAUUUUUUGCGGGUCUCCGCCUUUGCCGUGGCGGCCAGACCCAAUUUCCCAUGGGGCAAAUUCCUCCCGGUCAGAGGAAUUCCGCCAUUGCCGAUGGCGCCAACCCGGAAGUCCCCACAGAACUGUCGUUCUUAAGUCCCUCUGAGAAGUUUCACCCACAAUAUAAAAACAUCUCUAUUUCUCCUCCCAGACUUAAGUCCUCCGACAGAACUUCCCAAUAUGGCGAUGGUAUUUUUAACUGCGUCAUUCCAAAGCCCUUAUACAUUCCACGCUCUUCUUAAAGCAUGCUUUGGUUAGAAAGUUUAUCUCCACACAGACAUAAAUCCACAGCUUAAGUCCUUCAAACGACAUUUCUGACUUGUGAGGGGUGGGGAUUCUUGUUUAAUCACAUAGAAGAUUACAGAAUCAUUUAGUGAGAAGAACGCAUGAGCUAAGCAUUCCACAGCUAGAGUGGAGAGCCCUGUCAGAGGAAGGUAAAGACAUGUUUCCAUGGCAUGAUGGCAUUCAUGAAAACUGAGUAGUGCAUGACAGGUUGCAUUAAGUGAUUUGGAUGCAACUAAUAAAACAAAUGCCUAUUUCCACCACAACCCUAUUCCGAAUUUUACUCCUCCUUUAAUUUUCCUUGCAGAAAGAACUGGCUUCAAGCUGAGGCCAGCUGCAGGGCUUCUGUCGGCUCGGGAUUUCCUUGCUAGCCUGGCAUUCCGUGUCUUUCAGGCAACCCAAUACAUAAGGCACUCGUCUUCUCCAAUGCAUUCCCCAGAACCGUGAGUAGGAGUUGGGUGAUCAUGUAAUCAUUCUCAGGUAGUGGCCAGGGAGGCCAGCAGUGGCUCUGUAGAAGCUGGUUCAGUGCUUCCAUAUAGCACAAUAUUUCUGUUCCGCUAGGAUUGGGGGUUGUGAGGACUCUAUUUCUCAGAGAGCUGCUGGGAGCAGGAAAAGGUUAUAGGAAGUCUACAAGAUUCUCACUCCGUUUGGCAUGAGCAUAGUUUUGACUGUCAGCAUCAAUCUAUUAUGAUCUGUUCACACGCAACACCCUUCUCUGGCCACACAGUAACUUCUAUUAUCCAUCUCUCCCCACCUCCCACCCCGCCCACCAUCCGUAUUUUAUUACGUUCCACUGGCUUUCAGAUCUUGAGAUCAGGAUCCAACGUCAGCAUUUGAGAUGCCAAAUUCCUGUUUCGUUAGAAGUUGUAUAAAUGGGUCUGAGGUUCAAACUUCACUUGGCAUUGAUCACAUGCAGUCCCCUCCCCCAAUUUCUUUCUUUCUUUCUUUCUUUCUUUCUUUCUUUCUUUCUUUCUUUCUUUCUUCAAGAUGACUAAGAAAGGAACAGUCCACUAAAGCCACUGUCACUAUCUCCUGCUGUGUUGUGGAGUUUAAAGAGGCAUUUUAGGUACAUUCUCUGGACUGAGAUGUGGAUUGUCAGGUAGAUGCAAGGGACACAUCUUAUGACUCUUAAAAAACAACAGCACAUGUUUUCGUUUUCACAGUGAUUGCUGUCACGAACUGCUGGGCCACGUUCCCAUGUUAGCUGACAAAGAAUUUGCCCAGUUCUCUCAGGUAACCCACCCAAAGCAGAAUGAGUUACAGGCUUCACUCAGGUGGGAUGUAUUAUACAGGAGGGAUGGCAUGCAGUAGCCUCCAAGACUCAAAAAGAAGGGAACAAUGUAGAUAUUAGACCUAUUUUUAUGGGACCAGGGUCUGGAGAGCUCUAAACCUCAAGUGUGAAGAGGUUGCACAGUUCCUUGGUCUGUCCGAAAAGCUCGGUUCAACCCUGAGUGUUCAGUUCAACUCCAAAUUAUUUAUGCCAGAUAGUAGGGGGCCAAAUUUUUUGAUCCAGCCAUUUUCAAAGGUUUCUGGGGUUGGAUGAGCCAGAAAAGGCAUCCUGGAAUUGUCUGUGCUCUUCAGGGGCAUGGCAAUUUAAAGGAAAAAAAUUAGGUUGGGGAUUUAUCUGAUAGAUAUGUGGCAGAGGGUUAUAGAUGGCCUUUAUUUUACCUAAAAAACCUCCAAAAACCUUUGCUUUGAGUAGUGUCAGAGUUGCACUAGCAAGAGCAUUACUUCCUCCUUGAGAAUGGACAAAUGGUAAUGAUGGUACUCAAGAUGACAUAGUUUUGCUAGGUUUCAUUAAGGUGGAUAUGGGUCAAGUUUUUUCUAUUCUGUGUUCAGCUGAGCAUGGUUGGAUUACAUCACUUUUUAAGUGCAAGUGAUCUGGUUCCUAGUUCUGUGCUGAUGUUGCCAGAUGUGUCUCAAAUCACAUGGGUGUGGACCAGGAAAGACUAUUUCAUACUAGAAAUUUAUGUAUCCUGCACACUUGGCUAAACUAUAAUCCAAAUAUGCAGCAUUAGUUCUGAAUUUAUUGUUAUUAUUAUUAACCUACAUGAUAUACUAGAUCAAACUGGGGGAAAUUACAGGCAUACAAAACUACACAGAUGUUUGUCCUUAAGCUAAGGAUCAUACCUUCAGUGUAAUAAUAAUUCACAGAAAAGGACUGUAUGUUCUCAUAAAUCAGCCUUUCAAUAAAUAUAUUGAUCCUUGAUCUAGGAUAUUGGAUUAGCUUCUCUAGGAGCAUCUGAUGCUGAUAUAGAAAAACUGUCAACAGUGAGUAUAUAUAUAUUUAUGUAUUUUCAUACUGCAGGUAUAAUACUAAAGGCUCAAAAUAUAAGCUAUUUCAAGCUCCCCUAGAAAAUGCUCAGUGGUUGGUUUUUAUUUUUAUUUUGUUUUUUAAUGACAGGACAUUUGGGUGUCUUGAGGUAGAAAAUGCAAAUUGCAUCCUCCUCAUGGAUAUAUAUAUAUAUAUAUAUAUAUAUAUAUAUAUGGUGUAUAUAUAUACACACAUACAAUUAUUCCCAAACAAACCCAGAUGGCAUCCCAAUGACUUAUGUAUGGAGCAUCCAUCCUAAUUUGUGUACACAAAGUUUGUGUGAUUCUUGCAAUGUGAUAUAGUCAUGUUCCAGCACAGGGGUAGCCAGUAGCCGUCUGAGUAUUCUUGGAUUCCAACUCCCAUCAGCCCCAGCCAGCACGGCCAAUGAUCAGGGAUGAUGGGAACUGUAGUCCAGCAAGAUAUGGCGGGCACAGCAUUGGCUACCUGUCUUCUAGCAUGAGAAACAGAACCCAAGGUGCGUCUAGCAGAUGCUUACUCUCAACUUCCCCACCCCAAAGGACUAAGUUUUGUUGGCCUCAACAUUUUGUUUGACAUUGUGGGGAAAUCAAAAUGUUCACCAGCAGGCAGCUGUCUUUGAGGAGCAACGUUAACGCAGAUAAAUAAAUUUGCAACCUAAUGCAGUGUAUUUCCAGGGACAUAGUGACUACAUACAAUCACAGGAUAACCUGGUGGGGCUGGGACUUCUCAGAGGAGUUUUCAUAGUCCACCCCAUUACUCUUUGUAUUUACCAGCUCUACUGGUUUACUGUUGAGUUUGGACUCUGCAAACAAAAUGGAACUAUUAAAGCCUAUGGAGCAGGUCUCCUGUCCUCCUACGGGGAGCUGAUGGUAAGUUCGUUUCCCCCUCUCUCCAAGUAUUAUUUUAACAUUAGAUAAACUUACAAGCUGAGAUCACUAGAGGGCAGCAUUACGCCUAAUGUUCAUGUGCUUCAUUUCAAAAUGAAUCUGUCCCUCAUGUUUCUAAUUAAUGGUGAAGCUACCAAGUCACCAGCAGAGUGUAAUAAAAUGAUGAGGUCAGGAUAUUGAAAACAUUGCUGUGGUGUGUGUGUUCCCCCUCAUCUGAACUGCUGUUGUUUCUAUUAAAUUUAUAUACUGCUUACAAGCCAAAAUGGCUUCUAAACAGUUUGCAACUGUAAAAUCAAUUAUAAAACCUAUACAUUCUUUAGAAAGCACAAUAAAACAAUUCCACCACUGCAUCAAAACAUCCCUAAUUCUAAAAACCAUAACCCUAAAAUAGUUAAAAACAACUAAAACAAUAAGAUCAGAAGAUGAUGUUCCAGGGGAAUGCUAAUCCAAGCAGAUGUGUCUUCAAAAGCCGGUGGAAUGCCAAUACUGAUUAGGGUGCCCCAAUCAUUGCUGAUUGCAGUGCUGCUUUCCUGAACCAGGGCCCAACACUGUGGACGGAAACGUACAGUGGUUACCGGUGACUAUUGGAACUGAUAGAGCAGAAAGGCAAGCCAACAGGAGGUGGAGUCAGAGUCAAUGAUAAGCAGAGUCAGAACCAAUGGAAGGCAGAGCCAACUGAUUCUUGUUUUGUCUCCAUCCUCCUGCUGAGUACUGCAAGGGCAACACUGGGGCAUUUUGGGAUUCAGUGGAAAGGCACAUUUUAAAGGCCUUUACAACCUCUAUUUCCACACUUUUCUUUGCUGCUUGUUUUGCUUGCCCUGAAGCUGGACCGUGGCUUCCAGGGUCCAACAUCAACUCAUAAAAAUGCCAGGCAGCUGCCACUGCAAUUGCCCCAAACGCCCCAGAAUGAUGUGAUGUUGCUCUGGGGCAUUGUGGGCAAUUAUAAUGGCAGAGUCUGGCACUCACUUGGUAAGCAAACCCACCCAACUCCCUGUGCAGUGUAAAGAACAGCCACCUGCUGAAAUAUGAGGAGGGGGACAGCAACUGUUAGAAUUCCUGCUCCAUGACUGCAGUCAUGGGAUUUUUGUCUAUCACAUGACGGUAUAUGUGUGCCCUGCUAAUACCCUUUUCAAAUUUGGACUCGCCCUGUGGAAGUCUGAGCACCUUUCUAGUCUAGCAAUCUACCCACUAUGUAAUUAUGUCUCUCUGUAAAGCUAUCAAAAGAUGGCUUUCAAAAUAUGUAUUUGUUUUAAGCAGUGGAUACCAUGUGCUUUUAAUUGACAGCUCUUGUUUUGGUUUUGUAGCCGAAUCCUUAAGGCAAACUUCAACCCUAUUUUUCAACCAUCACUUGGCCUAGAAACCUAGCUUUGCCUUUCAAAAUAGGAGGUGAGAUCUAUACGACGAUAUUCAAAUCCCCAACUAGCAUGAAAGAGUUUGCCUGCUGGCCAACCUUACGUUUUCUGAGCUAUAGAAUGCACCCGAGACCCUGAGUCAGCUGUUCUGCAUUAAAUCAAAUGAAUUUCAUGUUAACACCCCGGCUGGAGUCUAGCCUAUGUACAGUAAAAUGUAAUGGCCCAUACUUCACAAUUGGCAGAGCUCACCCCUUGGCAUGCUUCGUUUGCAGAAAAACAGGGCUCCCUUAGCUCCCUACAGGUCACCUUGGGUCAUCUGAUCAUUUUAAAGCAGAACUUCCCACAGCAAAGAAGGAAGGGCUCUGCUUGAAAACUCACGCCUGAGGUUCUGAACCUUUCAGCUGGCUUUCCCAAGGCCUGAAACACAAUAUAUCUGCAUGUUUUUACUGAUGCAUCUGGUUUAGAUUGAACGAGGACUCUCACAGGAAUCUCCCACAUACAGUGCACUGCUAAUCAAGCAACUAGAGUCUUGGGUCCCCUUUAAAAAAAAAUUGUGUCCUUUGGGUCAAAGCAGUUUUUUCUCCUCUAGUUCUUACACCAUCUUUGGAAGAAAUGGCAAGUAGAGGUAAAGGCAAAUAAAGAGCUUGGGUGAUUUAGAAUACAAAGAGUAGAGUUUUACCCAAAUGCAAGAUCAUGUUGAGAUUUGUCCUUAUCAUUUCAGUGGUACCUCAGGUUAAGAACUUAAUUUGUUCCGGAGGUCCGUUCUUAACCUGAAACUGUUCUUAACCUGAGGUGCCACCUUAGCUGAUGGGGCCUCCUGCUGCCGCACGAUUUCUGUUCUCAUCCUGAAACAAAGUUCUUAACCCGAUGUACUAUUUCUGGGUUAGUGGAGUCUGUAACCUGAAGUGUCUGUAACCUGAAGCGUCUGUAACCCGAGGAACCACUGUACUGCCAGGCAGCCCUCCUCCCUACCUAUCACUAACCCCCUUUCCUUUCUUUCCUCCAAACCCACAGGGUAGCGGCAGGGCAGUAGCAAUGGAAGGGCUCUCUGGAGGCUUCUGCGUGAGGCUUCCUUGGCUUCUAAGGACAUGGCAGCCACAGUAUCCCAGGCACUGGGGACCCUGGGAAAUGCAGUUCCCCAGAGCCCCCGAGACCUGCAGCUAGUGACCUACUGCCUUUGGCUUAGUUAAGAGGAAGAGAACAAGAAGCAGAGUUAAGCAGUUCUUGACAGGAAUAGGGGGGCUUGGGGAAGGGAGUUGGUCACAUCCCUUUGCACCCAUGAUGACAACAUUGGUAGCACAACUAAUUCAUUGACAGCACGACUAAUCCAAUUUAAGAACUGAGCUUUUUUUGUAAAGAAAAGGAAAAGCAGAAAUUAUUUCCACUUUAGGGAGAAAACAUUUUGCUCAUCCCAGUCCCAAGCCACACAAUGAGGAGUUCAUUCAUCAUUAGAAAUAUACAAACUUGAAGUGUAGAUAUGAAAUUGUCUCCAAAGGUUAAAUAAUCCAGGUGAACAGGUCAUGUGAUUGAAGGUGAGGGAAACACUUAUAUUUGUUGGGAAGGGACAACUCUCCCCUCUUUACUAAAGUUAAACAUUGUCACACACACCUCUUUGAAGCCCCAUAGAUUCCUUCCUUCCUUCCCAAAUCCACUUAUUUUUUCGCUUUGGUUGCUGCCCCCUCCUUGCAUUCUAAGCCUACAUCUUUGACAUUUCUGAACAUGAACACUGUCGCUUUCCUUUACUAAUAGUAUGCUUUGUCAAAGAAGCCACAGUACAAACCCUUUGACACAGAUGCAAUGGCUGUCCAGCCUUACCAGGACCAGUCUUUCCAGCCCAUCUACUUUGUAGCAGAACACUUUGAAGACAUGAAGUCUCAGCUCCAGUAAGUAUGGCAGUGGCACUCAUUCAAAGCAGAUAUAGCCCAUCGCCAAGUGAGGAUGAUUUGGCCUUCAGAACACCUUUGAUGGGAACAUGGAGUCAUGCACAGACCUCAGAAGGUGUUGUUGUCCUUUCAGAAUUCUUAACUUGGCAUGUGUGUGUUGUGGAGUGAGGGCACACAGGGACAAAGCAUCACCCCUUAUUUCACAGCACUGACAACUAUGCCAUCUCUUGGGGGUCUUAUUUCCUAGUUUUCUGCAUGCCAAAGAAGUCAAUUCUUUUUCCUCUGGGAAGAACCCACUAAAUAAGCCAGGCGAGCCUCUCUGGGGAGAGCAUUCGACAAAUGAGAAGCCACCACAGAAAGGGCCCAUUCUCGUCUUGCCACCCUUCAAACUUCAUAUGGAGGGGUGGACAUAGAAAAGGAGCUCAGAUGACAAGAGGCGGUCCUUAAGAGCUUGAGGUCUUGAGCUGUGUUAUAUGGGGAUCUCUCCAGGGGAUGCACCAACAGUUGGAAGGAUCAUCUCCAUACAAAACUUUUACUUGGUAAACAUUAAGGCCACAGUUUAUUUAUGAGACCCUGCUCUAUUUAAUUUUCCAGUGGUGCCAAUCAUAAAACUGGAAAAGAACACACUUUCUCCAGACCCUAUAAAUUGCAUGCACUUGUAAAAACAUAAAAACUCAUCUUUUGAUCAAUUAUUUUUCCUCUACAGAAAAUACACCGUUAAGAUCAAGAAACCUUUUACUCUUCAUUAUAAUCCCUUUACCUGCAAUGUCGAGGUUCUGGACUCACCACAGAAAGUGAAGGAAAUUGUUACCCACUUGAAAGAAGAACUGAAAACUCUCUGCCAUGCCUUUGAAAAGCUUUCGUAA